AUGGCUUCCACAGGCACAACUCCCCACCUUAUUGACCAGAAGGAAGCGGAGGAGAUUCAUCACAUCGACAACUACGAUGAUGAGAAGGCAUCAGCACAGGAGAUCCACGAUGCUUACGUCGAUAUCGACCAUGGCUACGAUCAAGAUUUCAUUAACAGGACGACACGCAAGAUUGACUGGCGCCUCAUUCCGCCUCUUAUUGCCAUGUACUGCAUUUCGUCAAUUGAUCGCAAGAAUGUCUCGCUCGCCCGCGCUGCCAACAAGGAGGCCAUGCACGCCGAGCUCGACCUCGGCUCGUCGCGCUACAAUAUCAUCACCCUUCUCUUCUUCCCGCCAUACAUCAUCUUUGAGCUGCCGUCUCAGCUGGGUCUUCGCAGGUUCGGUCCCCGCUACUGGCUUGCCAGUGCCGUAUUCCUUUGGGGCCUGGUGACCAUUGGUCUUGGUUUCUCCAACAACUGGGUGGCAAUGGCGAGUAUGCGUGCGCUCCUAGGCAUGUUCGAGGCCUGUCUCUUCCCAGGUGCCGCGUACCUCAUUGCCUGCUGGUACCCUCGCAAGCAGAUGGCCCGCCGCAGUGCCGUAUUCUACAUCACGGCAAUCGCAAUCGGCGGUCUUGGCAACCUCCUCGGCUACGCCAUCUCACUGAUGCACGGUAUUGCGGGCCUCUCGGGAUGGCGCUGGAUCUUCAUUAUCGAGGGUAUCCUCACGGUCGUCAUUGCUAUCAUUGGUUUCGUCCUCAUUGUCGACUUCCCCGAUCGCUCGACCUUUUUGACCCCCGAGGAGAAGGAAAUGAUCAUCACGCGCAUCGACCGUGACCGUGGUGACUCGGAGGCCGACCCGAUGACCAAGGCAAAGUUCAUCUCGUACAUGUGCGAGCCCAAGAUCUGGCUCUUCGCCGUUUGGUUCUGUGUCACUACCCUCGGCUCAUACUCAAUGUCCUACUUCCUCCCUCGUAUUCUCCGCGGCAUGGGCUUCACCGACACCAUGUCUCAGGUUCUUCUCGCACCACCCUACGUCUGGGCCGUCGUCCCCGCCCUGGCCCAUGCCUACUUUGCCGACAAGUACCGCAACAUGCGUGCAUGGAUGAUCCUCUCUGGCUGCCUUCAGAGCAUCCUCGGCACCAUCCUCUACUCGCAGCUUCCUGAGCACCUCAAGGCUGGCCGCUACGCCGGAACUUUCCUGGCUGUUGGCGCCGCCAACGGCAAUGUUGGCCUUAUCAUUUCAUGGGCACAGUGCUCGAUCCGCAACCAGUCGAAGCGUGGCUACACCUCGGCCCUCAUUGUGGCGUUUGGUGGUAUUGGCGGUAUCCUCGCCUCGCUUCUCUUCAUGGACAAGGAGUCAAAGCAGGGCUACCCCACUGGCGUGUGGUCGGUCGUUGGCCUUAACGCCUUCCAGUCGGUCACCGUCAUUGGUCUCCGCUUCUUCUUCGCGUGGCGCAACAAGCUCGCCGAUCGGGGCAAGGUUGUCAUUGAGGGUGACGCAAAGUUCCGUUACCAACUGUAA